AUGGCCGGCCCCUUUCAUUCGUACGUCCUGGUGCUGCCCAAGCCGGUAAUGCUCUUCUUCCGGUUCCUCGCCUACGUUGACUUCGCAGUCUCGCUGGUCUUCUCCUAUCUCGGCCUGUGCGGGCCGCCGGAGCCGCUGACGCCAACGUGGGGAGAGAAUGCGCUCUAUUUCCCGGCCACGGAAACCCCGUCGUCGUCGAUAAAGAGGCAGCUCCAUGUGGUGGAGUUCUCGAGCUUCGCGAGGACGCGCCGGGUGGAGGAGCUGACCUGCGUCAUCUGCCUGAGUGAGGUGGCGCGCGGGCAUGAGGUGAGGGAGCUCGGCAACUGCGCCCAUGGGUUCCAUGUGGAGUGCAUAGAUAGGUGGGUUGACGUCGGCCGCGAAACCUGUCCUCUGUGCAGGGCUCACCUUCUCCCCUUCGUGUACCCGGGAAGGAUGUGGUGGCGAAGAUUUAUGUGGGGGUUAUGA